AAUUCCCAUCUUUCUCAAAAAGUACACGUGUAAAGCCGCGGCAUCAGAUUCAGACGAAAUGCUCUCUUCUCUUCCAUCUCUCCUCUCUUCUCUUCCUCUCCUCCCAAAUGUCUCCGACCCACGCAGCAUCUUCCUCGACUCCGCCGCCUCUGUCCGCCUCAUCGGCUUCUCCGCCGCCCGGAGAAACCUCAACCUCGCCGCGUCCGCCCACGCUGCGCUUCUCAAGUCCGGACUCCACUCCCACCUCUUCGUCGCCAACUCGCUCCUCGACGCCUACUCCAAAUGCGGCCACUUGGGCCGGGCACUCGACCUGUUCGACCGAAUGCCCCGCAGAGAUGUCGUUUCCUGGACCACCAUCAUCUCGGCGCACUGCCUCAACGGAUCGGCGGCGGACGCGAUCGGUGUCUUCGUGGACAUGUUGUCGGAGGAAACAGCGCCUCCUCCCAAUGAGUUCACGGCUGCAGCGGUCUUGCGGGCUUGCGGGAUGCUGACGGACGAGAGGAUGGGGAGAAUGUUUCACGGUCACCUGGUCGCCUCUGGGUUUGCAUACGACGUGUUCGUGUCUAACUCCUUGAUCGAUAUGUACGCAAAGGCUGGGUCUAUCGUGGAUGCUGAGAGGCUUGUUGGUGGUUUGAGUUCCAGGGAUGUGGUUUCUUGGAGUACCAUCAUAUCGGGCUGCGUUCUCCAUGGCAUGUUUGAGAAUGCACUGGUUCUGUUUGUUGAAAUGUUAGAAGAGGGCAUCGUGCCGAAUAUUGUAACGAUGUUGAGCGUCAUCCAGGCUUGCUCAUUGUUGGGAAGACCAAGCUUGUUUACUGCUGUCCAUACUUGCCUCAUUAAGUGGGAACUCCACCAUUGUAUUCCUGUUGCAAAGUCUCUCGCCAUAAUGUAUGCCAAGAAUGGAUUUUUUUAUGAGGGUGUGAAGGUUUUCCACCAAUUCUUUUCGCCAAAUGAGAAUGAGUGUUUUGAUCCUGAUCUUAUUGCGGCACUUAUCCAUGGUUGCACCCAAACAGGAUCUUUGGACCAUGGCAAGGCCAUUCAUGGGCGUGUGUUCAAGAUGGGCUUCCUUCAUUGUACCAUUGUAGAGAACUCCGUCAUUGAUUUGUAUGCAAAGCAUGGGCAAAUUGAGUCAGCACAUUUUAUUUUUCAAAGGAUGGAGGAGAGAGAUAUUGUAUCUUGGAACACAAUGAUCUCCUGUUUACUGAAGAACGAUCAUGCUGAUGAAUCCUUAGAUUACCUCAGUCAGCUCCAUGCUGCAAGUGGAAGCGAGUUAAUGCCAGACUUUGUAACCAUAAUCAGUUCGAUACAAGCUUGUUCCAUGAUGUCCUCAUUGGAGAACGGGCAGAUAUUGCAUGGUUUAGUCAUCAAAUCAGGGUUCAACUCAGAUGUUUUUGUCUGUAAUGCUCUCAUAGAUAUGUAUGGGAAGUCAGGAUGGGUUAAUUCUGCUAAUCAGAUUUUCCAGGAGAUGGAUGUAAGAGACCUUGGUUCUUGGAAUUCGAUUAUUUCGAUUUAUGGGAUCCAUGGAAAGGGAGCUUCAGCUUUAAAAGUAUUCAAAAAUCUCAGGCUUGCACAAACACAUAAACCAAAUGCUGUAACAUUUGUCAAUGUUAUUUCAGCUUGUGGUCAUUCGGGCUUGCCAUUGGAAGGCUUUGAGUGCUUUAAAGUCAUGCAAAGGGACUAUGAAAUUGAGCCAACUAUAGAGCACUAUGCUGCAGUGGUAGAUCUCUUCGGGAGAUGCGGAAAGAUUAUUGAGGCAGAGAAAUUCAUUGAAGAGAUGCCUAUCAAACCAGGUCCGUCCAUUUGGGGGUCACUGUUAGGUGCUUGUGUUAUUCAUCGGAAUGUUGAAAUGGCAAAAAGAGCAGCUGCGGAGCUGUCUGUUAUGGAACCGGAUAGUAAUGUCUGGAGGGUAGCAUUAUCAAAUGUAUAUGCUUCUGCUGGACUAUGGGAUGAAGCUGCAAAGGUGAGAGCUGAGAUGAAAAGGGAGGGAUCAAGAAAGGAGCCUGGUUGGAGUUAUGUUGUGUUGCGGGGCAUGGAAAAGUUUAAAUUCAUAGUGGGAGACACACGGCAUCCAGAGACUGAUAGAAUAUAUCAGGUUUGGAGGACUAUCAUGGAGCAUAUCACAGAUGGAUUUGUUGAGACACUCUGAUGGUGCUCAUUGUCACAAUUGAUGUGUGUAUAUAGUUAAAUCAGAAAGUGAAAAUGAGAAUAGAUUGAUCAGUGAACUAAAGCUCUUUCAACAAGUUAUAAAAACGGAGCAGCUGUGAAAGAUGAUACUAUUCCAUGUUCCAUCUGCUAAGUGGAAGCAAAGGAAUUCACAUCUAUUUUAUUAGGAAGAAGCAUGUUAAUAAUAAGAUCGCUACAGUUGUGCUUGUGGCAACAUCAGCAUCUGGAGCUGCACUGGAACUGAAAAUGGCUUCAUAGAAGUUCCAUCUAGAUGAAAUCCCCAAACUGAACGUAUUGCUACUACAUGCGGAAUAGAAAAAAAAAAUGAUCAUAUUUGUUUGGUGAACUCAAGUAAAAGAAGCGUAAGGACAUGGGUUGGUGAUUCAAGGAGCAAUUUUAUAGUUAGCUUAAUUUUUGGUUGAAGAGACGGAUUGGUCCUUUUAAGAAAGGAAGGAAGCCAUGAGCUUUAGGAAGGAAUUUUGCAAAAGAAUAAAGCAUUACUGGCAAGUUUUUAGGCUUUUUAUCUUGUAGCUUGAAUAAGGAAAGGCAGUAUAACAACAAAUUGAAUUUAUUCUGCUUACCGUCCUUUUUCUACUCCUUUCUAAAACUAGGGAAGAAUUGUUAUUUGCCUUCUCUUUGCAGACAAAAUGUUCAUCGAUGUACACAUUGGUGUGGAAACAUGUGCUGUGGAAUCAAGAAUCUCUUUUGGGUGACCUAAAAAACAAUUCUUUAGGGUACAUAAAGAGAAUCCCAAAGCAUCAGGUUCACAGUUCUAAUGUUACGGGAGAAUCCUAUUUUCACUGAUGAGAGGUACUUUUUCCUACAAAUUAUGUCCUAAUUUCUUCUGAUUCACACGCCAUAUCAAUUACAGUUCUUUAUUAAGUCUUAAUUUCUUCUACUUCCUGUAUGUCGGCUCGUGAAGUUUUUUGUUGUCACUCGUCAAAUCAGUCAAGUCUUUAUUGCAGUGAAACAAUAGCAUACCAAUUUGUUCUUUUGUGUUCAGUUAUUUGACUAGUUCCCUGAAUUUAAAUCUAGAUAAAGAUGGGCAUAUUUUGAAUCAAUGCUCCUGGUCCACGGUAGGACAACUGAAGUUUUCAUGUCUGUAGGAUAUCGUUUGGGCCAAACAGCUGCAUGGCUAUCAACUAUUCCCUUUGCUCUUUAUUCUCCUGUCAAAUGCAUGCUUGUACUUUCUCCUUUCAUGAUAGCAAAGAAGUUUUCAUCUAGCAGUUCAAAGAUCUUUGUCCACAACUGACUACCUACUUCCCUUCAAAAAUGAUUAUUCUAUAAGAUAAUCUUGCAGAGAUCAGCUGGAACUUAGAAGUGGCCAUCCUGUUUCCUCCCUGACUGACACGGACACGCCAUCCCACGCCUGGUCCCGGCCCUUCUCGCCUCGCUCGGGAAGAUGACGAAGCAAGUGGCAGGUGGAGGACGCACCCCAUCUCUCUCCCUGCUCCCCUUGUGGGCCUUCUCACGCGGCCAGCUCGGCCCCAUGUUGAAGUCUCUCCUCUCAUCUUCUUCUGGGGACACAGAGCGUGGCCUGGAAUGGCUUGUCUCUGUUCCUUGGCGAUGGCCUUCCCUGCUGAACGGUGAUAGAGCAGUGAGCGAAUAACCACCACUGAUUGGAUUUCAAUGAUUAAGCGAAGGAUUAAGGAGACCUGCUUUGCUUAUGAGAUGCAUCGAAAUAAAAGGGGUACAGAAUGGAUUUUGCAACAGUUGGAAAUUAAGAUUCAAAGCGACGUGAUUCAGAGGCUGCCGUAUGAUUUCUUGCAGUGAAGAAUCGCGUCGUAGACGGAAACGUCCGCAUUGCUCCGGC